AUGUCAUGUCAUAGUAUUAUCAGGAGAGGGGAAAAUUUUUUCAUCAGGCAUGCUUCUACUAAUUAUAAAAUUGAAUAUAUUUUACCCAUAGGAAUUGACGUUGAUGAACUAAAAAAUAUUGUAGAAAAAUUUAGUGUAGAAAACUACCCUAAUUAUGAUAAUAAUCACUUAUCACUAAGAGAUUAUAUACUAGACUAUCAAUCAAUAUUUACAACUAUUGAAAAAUGCAAAAAGCCCGUUAUAGCUGCCAUUCAUGGAGCAUGCAUUGGAGCCGCGAUGGCAUUAGCCGCUGUUGUAGAUGUCAGAUAUUGUACACCUCAAACGAAAUUUCAAAUUAAGGAAAUUCAACUAGGUUUCCCGGCAGAUUUAGGGGUUCUACAAAGGCUGCCACAUCUGAUGGGGCACGAUUCGUUCUUACGAGAAAUAGCUUUGACGGGCAGAGUAUUUAGCGGGAUCGAGGCUGUGAGGAGCGGUUUCUGUCAAUUUAUACCCUCGUUUGAAAAUAUGACGGGAAAAGAUGAUAAAACCCCGACGAUAGAAGAAACACUGCAUAAAGCUACGGUAGAACACUGUUUAGCACUGGCUAAACAAAUUGCCGAAAUGAAUCCCCUGGCCGUCCAAGGAACCAAACUUAAUCUCAAUUUUGUUAGACCCAAAAUGAUUGACUCUGGUCUUAAUUUAGCCUCUACAUUUAAUAUGAUCGCUUUGAAAAACCCUCUUCUCGCUGAUACGGUUAAAAGCGCUUUAUCAUUGCUCGAUAAACAGAAAUAA